AACACUAUUUCUCCUUUAUGUUCAGCUUCUGUCACCUCCUCUCCCAAGACUUCAUAACCCACCCACGAAUGUUCCCUUCCUCUACAUUUUCAUACACUCUGUGGCUGUCUUUACACUUACCAUGAAUUGCACUUAACACUCUGUAUCCUAAUACUUUUCUUUAAAAACUUUUCAGUUAAGUUGUAUUAUAAUUUUCUGUGUUAAAAUUCAUGCAGAGUAAAUAGAGAAAGCUCUCAGGAGUCUGUUCCCUAAGAUAACCAAAGGUUGCAGUUUAGUGUCUUUUUCAGACAUUUACACACUCAAACACAGCCUUUUAAGUGUUUUUAAAUAUAUAAUUUUUUGCUCUUUUGUUUUCUUAUUUUGUAUGAUGCUGUUCAACUGCAUUUCAGAACUGUUUUUUUUUUCUUUUCUAUUAACAUCUCUAUUUUUCUCAGAUGUAAUUUCACUCUCCUCUGGCAUCAGUGUUUCUAAUGAUUUUUUCCCCCCUAAUGACCACCUUUCUUGUUUCUGAGAAUAUGUGUAUCCACAAUUUACAUUUAAUUCAUCUGCUUGCUCGUAUGCCCCCCGUGUUUUUUCUCCCUCAAUUCUGGGUUUAGAGAAGUAAUUUCUUCUUUGACUCCAUGUACAUUUGAAUGAAUGAAUGAUGAAUAUGUAUAUAUUUUAAUAUUUUCUUUCCAGAUAAAACUGCUUUUUUCUCUGAUGGUCUCUGCUUUUAGCCAUAUUGUCUUUAUUUGGCCAUUUAAGUUUUUGUGCAAAACAAACAGCUUUCUCAUUGUUUUCUUCUUAUUCUAUAUAUUGGGUUGUCAUCUUUGGUCAUUCAGUACUUGUGAAAGAUGUGAUAUAAUGUUCAUGUAUAUAUUCAAGAUGGUUUGUGUCUUCUACAUGGAACCUUUCUACUGGAGAAAUUAACCCAUUUUAUUUACAUUAAUAUCUAUAUGCUUCAGUUUUUCAAUAUAAUUGAAAAAUCCUCUUGUAGUUCCGUGCUCCAAGGUUUAAAAUGUUCCCCAGGGUAAUGGUUUCCUUUUAUCAUCUGAUAAGCUUCCUUAUCUACUUGUCAAGUUCUUGAGUUGUUGUUUUUGUUGUUUUUUUUUAAACUUCUUUCAGAUCUUCACUUUAGCUUACUAUAUUUUGUUUGUUUGGUUUUGGUUUUGGACUUGAAACUUUCAAAAAGUAUAGUUUUUAAAAUCAGUGAUAUUUGUUUUAAAGAAUAAACACAUGAAAAUCUUGCGUGGAUACUAUCUGGUGAAUGAAUCAAAUUCCUUGCAAGAAUUGAAUAAAAUAAAUAAUAAGUUAAUUAUUCCCUACAUUCAGCAUUUACUGAGCACCUGCAUUUACUGAGUCUAUCUUUUUCACCUGGGUUGUCAACAGGAAUGCCACGGAAAGUAGAAAGAGGAACCAGGUAGGAAAUAAGAAGCUGGAAACAGGUACCAGAGAUAAUGAUGGGGCUGAAGCAAAUGAGGAAUUUUAGUUUUCUUCUUCACUUUUCUUCAUUUUCCAGAUUUUCCUAUAGCAUCCAAGUAGUGCUUUUUGUAAUUAAAGGAAAGAAUGCUAUAAAAAUAAGUUUAAGAGCUUUGUAUCUCCUGUAUUAUGCACAACUUGUGAUUUUGAACACGACUGUUUCCUGAUGGGCUAACCUUGUCCCUUUAGCUACUAAGAAUCUGUUGUAUAAACUGAGAAAAUAUACCUAUUAGGUUGAAUUUGUUUAAGUUUAUUUAUUUAUUUUGAGACAGAGAGUGCAAGCAAGGGAGGAGCAGAGAGAGGGAGCGAAAGAGAGAAUCCCAAUGUGGGGCUCAAGCUCCCAAACCAUAAGAUAGGUUCUUGGAGCGCCUAGGUGGCUCAGUUGGUUAAGCAUCUGACUUCAGCUCAGGUCAGGAUCUCAUGGUGUGUGAGUUUGAGCCCUGCAUCGGAGUCUGUGCUGACAGCUCGGAGCCUGGAACCUUCUUUGGAUUCUCUGUCUCUCUCUCUCUCUCUUUCUCUCUGCCCCUCCCCAGUUUGUGUGCUCUCUCUCUCUCUCUCUCAAAAAUACAUAAAUUAAAAAAAAAAAAAAAAAGAUUUGGACUCUCGACCAACUGAGGCACCCCAGGCACCCCUAGGUUGAAUUUUUAAUUCAAGCUAGUCUUGUAUAGAUGGGCCUCAGAGAAUAUUUGCUAAACAUUUUAUUUUACUGUAGCAUAACUGAUACCUUGGUUGUUUCUUGACCCCCUUUUGAGUCCUUUGAUGAAAACCUUGAGAAGAGGGAAUGUGUAUCUUCCUGAUAGCAGUUGUAUGGUGAUAAAGAAGACACCAAACAGCCAUAUGAUAGUGUGAGGCAUUUACUACAUUCAUCAAUUUACUCUGAGGCUUCAAUUUCCUCAACAACAGCAACAGCAACAAAAACCAACAGGCAAAACUGAGUUUAAGCAGGAUUCCAAAUUUUAAUGAUUCAGCAAAGUCUGAGUUCAGAGACCAGAUCUUAGUUCCAAGUAGUGCAAAGAAGGGCUGUGACCUAGCCUUAAUUCUUUGUACGUAUCUGAGCCAUACAAGGUAUUAGUAAUUUUUUAAAAGUUUAUUUAUUUUGAGAGAGACAGAGACAGUGUAAGUGGGGGAGGGGCAGAGAGAGAGAGAGAGGAGAGAGAGAGAAUCCCAAGCAGGCUCCGUGCUGUCAGUGCAGAGCCCGACGUGGGGCUCCAACCCAUGAAGCCAUGAGACCAAGAGUUGGACACUUAGCUGACUGAGGCACCCAGGUGCCCCAAAGUAUUAGUAAUUUUGUUGAUGUCCUAUUUGAGGAAAGAAUUCUUUAAAUUUAGGCAUCUUUGAGUCCAUCCUUUGAGAAUUAUACCACACACAGAGGACCUGCCUAGAGACUUGGCAAAAAUGAAAAUCCUGACACAUAAAUCUUAGGGUUUUAGAAAUUGUGAUAAAUGCAAAAGGUAAAAUUUUAGCUAAAGGUACAGGGAGAUGUACCUUUUGUUAACAUCUUGGCUAGAGAUGUUGUAUUCCGCCUGUUUAAGGUGAGGUCCUGCCAGGUCCUAGGAAGCCCUGCAUAGGGGCUCACCCAGCCUCUUACAAAUCACAUUUAAGCCACUGUUACUUAACCAAUAGCAUUGUUACCCCUUAUAUUUGCAAAAGCUACCUUUCACAAUCUGUUUCCUGGAUCUAACAGCCAGGUUCCAAGUAUGAUAUCUGCUCCAACACCAGCUCCCAUCUUGCUUCAUUGUACAUUGUGAAAGGAUGAGUAAGCUUUACACAUGUUCAGGCCUGCUGGAGCUGUGUAAUGAUGACCAGUCUGUUUUUGGCAGGCCUGGCCAGGGCUCACCACAGCCUAAUGAAGGUGAAUGAGAACCUACCAAUCCUCAAGGACCUCACCACAUAGGACAGGUACCCAACUAGAAUAAGAUAAAUGCCAGACGAAAGUAAAAACAGUGCUACGAUGGGGCGCCUGGGUGGCUCAGUCGGUUAAGCGCCUGACUUCGGUUCAGGUCAUGAUCUCACAGUUAGUGAGUUCUGGCCCUGCGUCAGGCUCUAUGCUGACCGCUCAGAGCCUGGAGCCUGCUUUGGAUUCUGUGUCUCCUUCCCUCCCUGUUCUUCUCCUGCUUGUGCUCUCUCUCUCAAAAAUAAAGACUAUAAAUAAAUAAAUAAAUAAAUACAUAAAUAAAUAAAACAGUGCUACUAAGCAGCAGGAGAUGACUUGAUUUGGGGAUCAAGACAAGCUUAUGGAAGUGAAGUCUUGAAAGGUGGGGUAGAAUUUCAAUAGGUAGAGACUGGGAAGAGGGGAGGAGCUUUCCAAAUGGAGGCAAAUGCUUGAGCAAAGAGGUUGGGACAGAAAAGCACUGGCCAGAGAACAUGGAGAUAUCUAUUUGCAGUGAGUUUAAUUACAGGUUGGGCAGAACUCUUAGGUAUUCUUGGGGAGAUACUCUUAGGUGCUUGGGCUAUGUAGGAGAAGUUUGCCCUUGUGGAAAUUUAACUUUGGUUAAGAUGGAGUGGGCCAUUGCAGUAAAAGGAUUUGCUUUUAUUGCCCCUGGUGAUUCUGUUUAUGUUUUUGUGUCUGAUUAGAUGAUUUAUAAUCUCCUUCUAUCUAGAUCCUUUCUUAUUCUGUGGUUCUUUAAUUCCCUCAUUUUCUGCAGCUUCUAUACAACUGUUAUAAAACAGGGAGGUGAUUGGUGGUAAUGUUAUGUUGGCAUUUGUGGGAGCUUCCCUGAGAGUCAUGGGCCUGAACUUCAUUAAAGAACUUCAUAAAAAUAUCUUCUGGGGGAGCACCUGGCUGGCUCAGUCUGUCGAAUAUGCAACUUUUGAUCUUAGGAUUGUGAGUUCAAGCCCCAUGUUGGGUGUGGAGCCUACUUAAAAAAAGAAAAAAAAGUUUUUAACAUGAAAUUUAUUGUCAGAUUGGUUUCCAUACAACACCCAGUGCUCACACCAAUAGGUGCCCUCCUCAAUGCCCAUGACCCACCCUCCCCUCCCUCCCACCCCCCAUCAACCCUCAGUUUAUUCUCAGUUUUUAAGAGUCUCUUAUGGUUUGGCUCUCUCCCUUUCUAAGAAAAAAUGUUUUAAAAAAAUCUUCUAAUUUUAUGUCUUUUUAUAAUUGAGAUUAUCUAUUGUUUGUGGGAAAUUUGCUAUAAUUGAAGCACAUGGCUUGUGAAGCCAAAUCAUGUUUUAAUAUAUAAUUUUAGCUACUAAUGCAUAAUAGUGGUCAGUAACAUCUCAACUUGGAGUGUUUAUGGCUCAGCUUCAGUAUAUGGUCAUCUAGACUAUGUUUGAGUAUGUAUCUGUAGCAUUCCAGAAAUCAGGAACCACAUAAUGAUCUGUUAUUUAUAGACUUCAUUUUAAAUAUCUGUGUGUGUGUGGGGGGGGGGUUGUGCAAAAUGGCAUUUCAUGUGCUCUCUGAGGUUUAAAAUGCCUCAGGUGGAGGAGGAAAGAGGGUUCAUUAUAUUAGCUGCUUGAAUUGUGACACAAACUUCCCACCUUUACAGAUUCUGUACACAAACGGGAGGAAGGGGGUUUCUGUUAGGUUCUAGAACUCCCAUUAGAUGGCUACUUCUCUUUUGCCCAGGAUCAUGUAACCCCUUCUCCUUGAUCCUUUCAGAAUCUUCUGGGUGACUCUCUCGGGGACUUUAUGUUCAUAUCUCAGUGGGGAUUUCCAGACACAUGAAAGUUCCAGCUUUGCAUGCUGCUUUCUGCAGCUGGCAAAGCUGGCUUUUCUCCAUCACUGUUCAGUUUUGUGGUGUUUCAGGGAAAUUACAUUUGCUUUCAUACUGUGACCAUGUUUGUUUGUUUGUUUUCAUGCCAUGCUAUGACCUUGCUUCAGAUACAGAAGCACUACAAAGAAUGGAAUAUUCAGUAUGUCUUUGGACAGGUCGAGGUAUAAUGGGAACCAGUUAUGCUGGUGGCUGUGCUGCUGAUUACAGAGAAUGUUAUGUGCUUUAGAUACCAGAUAGUUUGGAGGCAAAAUUGACAUCCUGUGAGAAAGAUUGAGAAGCCUGACUUAAGUUAACCACACUUUACUGUCGCCUAUUGGGACUAAUGCUGGAUACCAAGGAGGUAUGUUCAUAGUACUGUGAUAAUACAAAAAAGUUACUGGCUAAGUCUGUGUGUGCUUUUCCCAGGAAAGCUUUACACAGUAGGAGAUGCUUCAGCUGGCCCUGAAAACUGAGAAGGGUUUUGUUUUGUUUUGUUUUUGCUAGACAUGUAAGUAGAAGAGGGUAGUCCAAGCAAAGGCAUAGAGGCAUGGGAAAGAACUCUGUGUUGAAGUUAGGUUGAAGCCAAAUGUGCAAAGUCUGUGUUAAUAAGAGAUGAAGGCAGGUGCUGGACUACAAGGAGCCUUGAAUGCAAAGAAAAUUGGAACCUGCAAUGGGAGAUGAGGAAUCAUUGGAAGGUUUAAAACAGGAAAAUGACUUAGUUCAAGCAUGAAUGUUAUAAAGUUCAUUCUGAAAGGAGAUCAAUUUGGAGGGGUUGAGACCAUAGGCAGGGAGAACAGAAAGACCAGGGGAAAAGUCUGGGUGAGAGAUAGUUGCUAAAAGAUAGUUGCUAGGAGAAGUUGCUGAAAGAGAGUACUGAGGAGUCAGAGAAGGUUAGGGAGGUAUUGCAUAAGCUAUAGUGGUCUGAGGUGAGCCAAAGAAGACUUUCCAGGAGGGAUUAAUCGGCAGCAUCAGACGGAGUAGUGUGUCCAGGUAAAAGAGGGCUUCCAAGUGACUUUGGAUGUAGCUACUAGGACGUCACCAAGUUCCCUGCUUAAUGGGAAGUAGACCACUGUCAGCAGGACUGGAAUACUAGAGUGAGCCAAGUAAGACACUUCAGGCACAACGUUUAAGAGGGUGCUCACAAACUCAGCAAUCAAGAUAAAUAAUCUUGAGGCACCUGUGUGGCUCAGUCAGUUAAGCGUCCGACUUCAGCUCAGGUCAUGAUCUCACGGUCCGUGAGUUCAAGCCCCGCACCGGGCUCUGUGCUGACAGCUCAGAGCCUGGAGCCUCUUUCGGAUUCUGUGUCUCCCUCUCUCUCUGACCCUCCCCCGUUCAUGCUCUGUCUCUCUCUGUCUCAAAAAUAAAUAAAUGUUAAAAAAAUAAAAAAAAAGAUAAAUCUUGAAGUGUAAUAUUUUGAAAAAAAUUGACAUUAAUGCAAAAAAGUCACAAUGAACAAAAUAUCAGAAUUUAAAAUAGAGACAGCGUCAGUAUUACUGAUUUUUCUUUUGCCUCAGGUUCCAGUAUGGCUUGGCACAGAGUGUCAUUAUGUAAGGGAUAUGGUGGGAGGGAGGAUGCAGAUAAGGGGCAUACUAAGGAGUGAAUUGAAGUUGUGGGAGUUGAAGCACUGAGUGCAGACUCUUCCUUCAUAAGGUUCCAUUUAUGUGAAGGGAAAUAAAAUGAAAGGGUGGUUGGCCUUGGGAUCUCAGGCUUAAGGUCUUUUUUGUUUUAUUUCUUUUUUUAAUAUUGGAGAGACUUGAACAUGUUUAUAAGCUGGAGGUAGAGAGAGGUUGAUGAAAGAGUGUUUGUAGGGGCUCACAGAGACAGAGGGCAUGGGGGGUACGGGGUGGAUGGCCCUGGAAAGGUGAAGGGCAGCAGGUGAUGGCCCCACAAUGGGAAGGUGGAAGGUUGUGGAAACUUAUUCCUGAUAAAUGGCAAGGUCCACUGAUGAGGGAUGGCACUAGUAGGUGGUGAAAGUUAGAGCUGUUAGGCAGCUGUGGAGAUGGAGCUGACCAAGGUCCUGUAAAAGUAGUUGCUGAGUGACAGUAAGGACCAGGUCAGGUUGGAAGCCACAAGGGUUUGGUGUGAUCUUUCCCUCUCUCCUUGGCAUGACUUGCUACUCUAAAUGUAUGAGUGGAGGAGGCUUACCAUCCAAAGAUGGGAUGCUGGGGUGGCCAACUAUCCUGGUUUUCCCAGGACUGAGGAGUUUCCUGAUGAUACAGACAGGACUUUUAGUGCUAAAACUGGAAAGUUCUGGCAAAUCAGGACGAGUCAUAUACCGAAGAGCUGGUGGUCAGGAGGCAAAAGGGCAAGAUAAUUGCAGGUAUUGGUCAGAGAGAGUUAGCAUGUGCUCUAGGAUCAGUCCAGGGAGAAAAGGAAGUGAGGCCAUUACCUGGUAGCAACUUGUGAAGACUCCAGUUAUUCACUGAUUCAUUCAGCAAAUACUAAUUGAGUGCCUACUAUGAGUCAGGCACUGGGGUCCUUGCCCAGGAUUUAACCACAAAGAAGAUAAAAAUGUCCUCAUAGAUUAUCCUUCUGUGGUGGCUAAGGUCAGUUGGUGCUCAGGACCCAUUCCCAUCUCUGCCUAGAGGAUGGAACAUUACAAACUGCAUUUCCUAGACUCCUUUACAACUGGGAUGUAAACUAAGUUCUGCCAACUAGGUGCAUUCAGGCAAGAUUUGUAAACAGAAGCGAGGUAAAGCCUAACAGCUGGCUGCUCUUGUUAGUUUCUCUGUUGGCAAGCAUGGUGGUGGUGAGGUAGGGAUUUGGGCAGCAGCAGUUACCAUGUCCACUCACCAGAUUUAGAGGUGUUGGAAGCAGGUGGUGUGGUCGGCUGCUUUCUGAUUUCUGGGUCACUCCCAUGCAGGUGAGCCCAGCACUCCCAGGGACAGCCUCCUGAUUCCCCACUGCCCUGGCUGAACCAAGAUCUUUCUGGGUAUAGAGGAGGUUUUUUCAGAAGCCCAGGCGAGAGCCAUUUCCUCCAGCCCUUACAACAGUUUUGGAGGCACCUGUAUUACAUGUAUUUCUACUGAAAAUACCUGGAGUGUUUUUUGUUUCUAGAACCUGAUACCACCCCUUCUAUUAGUCAGUGUUGUGGAUUUUAACUCUGGUGACAUCAGCUUUGUUUAGUUUUUUUAAAUGGCAACGGUCCCAUGACCUCCAUGUGAGAAAUGAAACUGGAACCGGUCUUAGUUGCUUUGGUUGUGAAGAUUGGGGACAGUUUGAAGCACUGUGGAGAUUUUGUGUAGGUGUGGAAAAGAAGAAUUAAACUAGAAUUUGCCAGUAAAGGGAGAAAAAGAAAAGGGGGAUUUCUUACAAAUUUUAGAAAACAUACCCAGAUGCCAGUUUUGUCUGGCUAGAGAAGGUGAACUGCUUAAAACAGUAGCGUGAAACCAAACUGACAGAAUAUUAACCGAUCCGGAGGACUGGGUAUUUGAAAACAAGAAAGAAAAAGAGUUGGAUUUGGAUCCCCCCUUUGUCUCUCAGCAGCUGCAAGUGAACAUCUAAGGAGAACUCCUCCAUUGGAAAGGGGAUUUUGAAAGAAAUGAAGAAAACCAUCAGAAAUGAUGUCAGCAGCCUCAUGGCCUUUUGUUGACUGGAGUGGAGUUUUAUUAUUGCAUUUCCUUGGAAAGACACUGCGCAGGAUGUCUGCUGAAGUCAUCUAUCAGGUUGAAGAGGCACUUGAUGAAGACGAGAAGGAAACGAUUCUUUUUUUGUGCCGGGACAUUGCUGCAGAUGUUGUUCCCCUUAAUGUCAGGGACCUUCUGGAUAUUUUAAGUGAGAGAGGAAAGCUGUCUGCCAUGGGCUUGGCUGAGCUACUGUACAGAGUGAGGCGGUUUGACUUGCUCAAGCGGAUUUUGAAGAUGGACAAAAGGGCGGUGGAGACGCACCUGCUCAGGCACCCUCAGCUUGUUUCAGACUAUAGGGUGUUGAUGACAGAGAUUGGUGAAGAUUUGGACAAAUCUGAUGUGUCCUCAUUAAUUUUCCUCAUGAGGGAUCAUAUGGGCCGAAGCAAGGUAGCCAAGGAUAAGAGUUUCCUAGAUCUUGUGAUUGAAUUGGAGAAGCUAAAUCUGAUUGCUCCAGAUCGAUUGGAUUUAUUAGAAAAAUGCUUAAAGAACAUCCACAGAAUAGACCUGAAGACAAAAGUCCAGAAAUACAAGCAGUCUGCUCAAGGAGGUGAAACAAGUUAUAUAAGUGCACUCCAGGCAUCUCUCCCAAAUUUGAGUCUUAAGGAUCCUUCAUAUAACUUAAGGCUCCAGAAUGGGAGAAGUAAUGAACAAAGACUCAAUGUGGGACAACCUGAUACUCAGAGAGAAUCAGUGAAGACAUCCAUUCAGGAAUCAGGAACAUCUCUACCUCAGCACAUACAAGAGAGAUAUAGGAUGCAGAGCAAGCCCCUGGGAAUCUGCCUGAUAAUUGACUGCAUUGGCAAUGAUACAGAGUUUCUUCGGGACACUUUUACUUCCUUGGGCUAUGAAGUCCAGUAUUUUUUGUACCUGCGUGUGGACAGUAUAAUCCAAAUUCUUCGCCAAGUUGCCUGCAUGCCCCAACACCAAGACUAUGACAGCUUUGUGUGUGUCCUGGUGAGCCGAGGUGGCUCCCACAGCGUGUUUGGCGUGGAUCAGACACAGCCAGGGUUCCCUUUGGAUCAGAUCAGGAGGAUGUUCAUGGGAGAUGCAUGCCCUUCUCUCUUAGGGAAGCCAAAGCUCUUUUUUAUUCAGAACUAUGUGGUGUCAGAGGGCCAACUGGACAGCAGCAGCUUCCUGGAGGUGGAUGGGCCAGCAGUGAACAAUGUGGAGUCCAAGGCCAGGCAGCCUGUGCCCUGUACCAUCCACCGAGAAGCUGACUUCCUCUGGAGCCUGUGCACAGCAGACGUGUCCCUGUUGGAACGGUCCUCCAGCUCACCAUCGUUGUACCUGAAGUGCCUUUCCCAGAAACUGUGGCAAGAAAGAAGACGCCCACUCUUGGAACUCCACAUUGAACUCAACAGCAGUGUGUAUGAUUGGAACAGCAAAGUGUCUGCUAAGGAGAGGUACUACGUCUGGCUGCAGCACACUCUGAGAAAGAAACUCAUCCUCUCUUGCAAAUGAAAAGCCAAAAGACUUUCUUAGCUUUGCAGUCUCCAUCACUAGCCCCAAGUAGUUUUCAAGCAAAUGUAUGCGUCACGUGGGUAAGAUGGGGUCCUGUUAUGGCUGAAAUGACCGUCUGUGAGGAAUGUUAUCAGGAAGGGGUGUUUGAGCUAAAGCUUCUGGGUUGAAGGUUUUGGCCUCUGUUGCUGAAAGCUUGUCAAAACAGUGUUAGAAAGGAAAUAGCUUUGAAACUUUAUUAUUAUUUUUUUAAUGUUUAUUUAUAUUUGAGAGAGAGAGAGACAGUGUGUGAAUGGGGGAGGGGUACAGAGAAACAGAGACAGAAUCUGAAGCAGGCUCUAGGCUCUGAGCUGUCACCACAGAGCCUGAUGCAGUGCUCGAACUCACACGCCGUGAGAGAGAUCAUGACCUGAGCUGAAGUUGAAUGCUUAACCAACUGAGCCACCCAGGCACCCUGGCUUUGAAACUUUAAAAAGCAAGUACUGGUUGAAUUGGGUGACUCAUGAUUGUGUUGCCUUCCCUCGUGCAAUCAAGUAAACCGGAGCCAUGGAGAUAAGGUUGCAGUAACACAGUUAAUUAGCCUGUGUGUAUCCAUGCUCCAAGAAGAAAAGUAAAAUAAAAAACCAAAACAAUGAGGGACACCUGGAUGGCUCAAUUGGUUGAGCAUCCAACUCUUGAUUUUGGCCCGGGUCAUGAUCCAGGGUUGUGGGAUCAAGCCCUGCAACACUCGCUGAGCAUGGAGCCUUCUUAAGAUUCUCUCUUUCUGACGGGUGCCUUGUUGGCUCAGUCGGUUAAGUAUCCGACUUAGGCUCAGGUCAUGGUCUCACUGUUCAUGGGUUUGAGCCCUGUGUCAGGCUCUGUGCUAACAGUUCAGAGCCUGGAGAAUCCUUCAGAUUCUGUGUCUCCCUCUUUCUCUGCCCAUCCCACGUUCAUGCUCUGUCUCUCAAAAAUGAAUAAAUGUUAAAAAAAAAAAAGAUUCUCUCUUACUGAGUAUCCAAUGGAAAAAAGACAGUGUCUUUAGCAAACGGUGCUGGGAGAACUGGACAGCAAUAUGCAGAAGAAUGAAGAUGGACCACUUUCUUACACCAUACACAAAAAUAAAUUCAAAAUGGAUGAAAGACCUAAAUGUGACGCAGGAAACCAUCAAAAUUCUAGAGGAGAAAACAGCCAACAACCUCUAUGACCUCGGCCCCAGCAACUUCUUACACAACACGUCUCUGAAGGCAAGGGAAAUAAAGGCAAAAAUGAACAAUUGGGACCUCAUCAUGAUAAAAAGCUUCUACACAGCAAAGGAAACAACAAAACUAAAAGGCAGCCAAUGGAAUGGGAGAAGAUAUUUGCAAAUGACAUAUCAGAGAAAGGGCUAGUAUCCAAAAUAUAAAAAGAACUUAACAAACUCAGCACCCAAAAAACAAAUAUUCCAGUGAAGAAAUGGGCAGAAGACAUGAAUAGAUAUUUUUCCAAAGAAGACAUCCAGAUGUCUAACAGAUACAUGAAGAGAUGCUCAAAAUCACUCAUCAUCAGGGAAAUACAAAUCAAAACCACAUUGAGAUACCAUCUCACACAGGUCAGAGUGGCUAAAAUUAGUAUCAACAGAUGUUGGCGAGGAUGUAGAGAAAGGGGAGCCCUCUUGUACUGUCGGUGGGAAUGCAAACUGGUGCAGCCACUCUGGAAAACAGUGUGGAGUUUCCUCAAAAAAUUAAAAAUAGAAUUACCCUAUGACCCAACAAUAGUACUACUAGGAAUUUAUCCAAAGGAUACGGGAGUGCUGUUUCAUAGGGACACAUGUACCCCAAUGUUUAUAGCAACAGUAUCAACAAUAGCCAAAUUAUGGAAAGAGCCCAAAUGUCCCUCAACUGAUGAAUGGAUAAGGAAGAUGUGGAUGGAUGGAUAUAUGGAUAAUGGAAUUAUGUGUAAUGGAAUACUACUUGGUGAUGAAAAAAAUGAAAUCUUGCCAUUUGCAGCAGCAUGGAUGAAACUGGAGGGUAUUAUGCUAAGUGAAAUAAGUCAGUCAGAGAAAGUCAGAUAUGUGAUUUCACUCAUAUGUGGAAUUUGAGAAACUUAACAGAAGACCAUAGGGGAAGGGAAGGAAAAAUAAGUUACAAACAGAGAGGGAUGCAAACCAUAAGAGACUCUUAAAUACAGAGAACAAACUGAAAGUUGAAGGGGGUAGGAAGUUGAGAGGGCAGGGAAAAUGGGAGAUGGGCAUUGAGGACAGAUCUUGUUGGGAUGAGCACUGGCUGUUGUAUGUUCUUACAUUAGAUUAGGAAUCUAAUCUUGAAUACACUGUAUGUUAGCUAACUUGACAAUAAAUUAUUAAAAUAAAAAAAUUAAAAUAAAAUAAUUCUCAAAAAAAAAAAGAUUCUCUCUUUCUCUCCCUCUCCCCUCUCUCCUGCUUAUGUACUCUCUCUCUCUCUCUCUCACUCUCUUUCUCUCUGUCAAACAAAAACAAAAACAAUGAAACGUAACAAACACUUACAAUCUUACCUACCACAUACAACCACAGUUAAUUUGCAAAUUUAUUUUCUGUGUACAAGAUUCGGAUGUUAAGUCAGGGGGACUGUCUUUCUCUGUUCAGGCUACUAUGACAAAGUGCCAGAGACUGGAUGGCUUAAAGAAACACUUAUUUCUUGCAGUUCUAGAGACUGGGAAGUCCAAGAUCAAGGUGCUGACACAUCUGGUGUCUGGUGAGAACCUGCUUCUGUGUCUGCUAAUGACCAUCUUCUCAUGGUGCCCUCACAUGUCAAAGAGCAGAGACAGGAAGCAAACUGUCUGUGAUAGCUCUACCUUCAUGACCUAGUCACCCCAAACACCCUGCCUCCUAAUAUCAUCACACUGAGGCUUAGGGUUUCAACCUAUGAAUUUGGUGAGGGACACAAACAUUCAGACAAUAGCAGUGACUUUAUAAUUUGAGAUUACUUGUCUGUCUAGAACUCAAGUGACACUUUACAGCAAAUAAUUUUCUCUCGCAGAUUUGAUGACAUGACCUAAAAAGAGAUCAUUAUUUAAAAAUAUCAUUUAAGGGGUGCCUGGGUGGCUUAGUCAGUUAAGUGUUUGACUUCGGCUCAGGUCAUGAUUUUGCGGUUCGUGAGUUUGAGCCCCACCUUGGGCUCUGUGCUGACGGCUCACAGCCGGAGUCUGCUUCAGAUUCUGUGUCUCCCUCUCUCUCUGCCCUUCCCCUAUGCAUUCUCUCUCUCUCUCUCUCUCAAAAAUAAACAUUAAAAAAUUUAAAAUAUUUAAAGUAUUUAUUUAAUUAUUUAUUUAUUUAUUUUUAAGUUUAUUUAUUCUGAGAGAGAGAGAGAGAGAGAGAGAGAGAGCGAGCGAGCGCGCAAAAGCUGGGGAGGGAAAGAGAGAGAGGGAGACAAAGAGAAUCCCAAGCAGGUUCCACACUGUCAGAGAGGGAGCCCACACAGGGCUCGAACUCAUGAAAUGUGAGAUCAUGACCUGAGCUGAAAUCAAGAGUCAGACGCUUAACCAACUGAGCUACCCAGGCACCCCUCAUUUAAAAUUAAAAAAAAUAUAUAUAUUUAUUUUUAUAUUUUUUGACUUGGUUUUAAAUGGUGUGUAUUUCUUAUGUGCAUAUUUGUGUGUGUUUUGCUGUGACCAAUCAGCAAGACUGAAAAGCAUGAAAGGAGUAUUCAGACCAUUCAUAAGCAGUUAUUUUUGCUUUUUGUUUUAAUGAGUGUGGGACACCUGAGGAUAUUUUUGAAUGUAACAUUGUUGAGGGGCACCUGCAAGAAUAAUGUAUAUGCCUGUCCUCAUGAACCAGAACCUUGUGUUGAUUAUUACAGAAAGAAACCGAGAGAGAUCUUAGAGACCUGACAGCUUUGGCAUCCUUUUCUGUUCCAUCCAGACCAGGUCAUAAGCAUUUUCCAUUUAUUCUGUUUCUUAUCUUAUGCUGGAAUAGCACAUGUUUUUUACCUUUUUUUCCUCUUUACUUUUGAGGCGGGAUCAUCCCCACUCUUGCGAGUAACUUGCCUCAAAAUACCAUGUAUAGGAUCUUUGGCUCACAAAAAAAUUGCAGACCAAACCCAGAAACAAAGUAUUUAUUUAUAUUGCUUUUUAGUUUUAUGCAUUUUUGUAUAUUAUUAAGAUAACUUGCAUUUGCAAUAACAGAGAUGGACUUUGAAUACAUUAGGCAAGCGAAAUAAAUCAGACACAAAAAGAAAAAUACUGUAUAAUUUUACAUAUGUGUGGAAUCUUGAAAACAAAAAACAAACAAAGGACUCAUAGAAAAAGACAUCACACUUGUGGUUACCAGAGGUAACCACAGAGGUUGGGGGAGAGGGAAUUGGAAGAAGGUAGUCAAAAGGUACAAACUUCCAGCUAUGAGAUAAGUAAGUACUAGGGAUGUAAUGUACAACAGUGGCUAAUACUGCUGUACGAUAUACGGGACAGUUGUUAAGAAGUUAAAUCCCAAGAGUCCUCAUCACGAAGAAAAAAAUUUUCCUUUGUCCUUUCCUUUCUUUUCUUUUUAUUGCAUCUAUAUAAGAAGAUGGAUGUUAGUUAAAUUGAUCAUGGUAAUCAUUUCAUAGUAUAUGUAAAUCAAACCAUCACACUGUAUGCCUUAAAAUUUAGACAGUGAUGUAUGUUAAUUAUUUCUCAAUAAAACUAGAAAAAACAUUUGAUAAGGACAAUAAAUCUAAAUGAAUUUAAAAGGUAACCUAUAAAUGAAAACUUGAUACAUUUAAUGAAUUAAAUUUCUGUAUAUAAAUAUGAUGGUAAACUUAAGCAUUCAUUCAACUGAAACCACAAAUCUAAUACAUUAGAUUUUCUUAAAUGUUUUAAACACACUAAAAAAUAGACAAUUUACAAUGAUUACAAAAUGGAUCAGUACAUUCGGUUACAAAAGUAUGUGUAUGAUGUACUUAGGCUUAUUUCUUCAUUGUGUUUACAUUCCUUUUUUUUUUUUUUUUUUUUUUUUUUUUUACCUUUCAAAUUUUCUAAGAUUAUGGCAAAAAUGGAUAGUCUAUGAUUCAGGACUUGAAGUUUAAGAUUUAGUGUGCCAUUCAGGGUGUUUUACCUGAGUCUGUCAUCCAAUUGGAUUAGCUGUUUUUAUAGUUAGACUUUAUUCAUUGAUUGAGAUUUACCAAUUGCUGGAAUUAUUGACUUUGGCAUCAGAUAUGUUUUGAUUUUUUGUAACCUCGUUUCUUCGAUGUAUUCUUGUUAUAGUCUAAUUUCUAUUUCUAUUUUAAAAUAAAAAGUAGUAAUAUGAUAUCUUGUAUUCUAUUGAGGACUGAAUUUUGAAAAUCUUUCACAUUAACGUGAACCUUCUUGAUUAACUAUUUUAUCAUUCAAAAUGAUAGUAAGUAACGGAUGCAAGAUGCAAGUAAUGGAAGACGUAACUCACAACAAAAAUACCAGUUUUGUUUGUUUGUUUGUUUAUGCUUGUUAAGCAUAGGGUCCAGAGGUAGGGGUAUAGAUGCUGGCUUGGUUAAGUCACUGAUCGAAUGAUGUCAUCAAGGAUUUGGUGCUUUCUAUCUUUCCGCUCUGUACUUUCUUUGUUUUGGCUUUUAUUUUCAGAAUUGUCAUCUAAUGACUACAAGAUGGCCACAGGUCCAAGUAUCACACCCAAAUGACAGAAAGGAAAACACCUCUUCUUUGUGUUCCUUCUUAAGAUCAAAGGAAAAUUUCCCUAGAAGCCUUCCUCCCCAAGUGUUUCUUUUCCGUAUUUCUCAUUGGCUAGAAUUGAAUGACAUGCCCAUUCUUAAACCAGCAUUUGGCAGAGGGAAUAGGAUCACCAUGGUUGGUUUAUACCAGCCCAGCUUCAGUCUCCUGGGCUGGAGAGGGGUUCAGCUCCUCUGAGGCACAUGGUGUCCAAAAUUAAAAAGUGGGGCAUGGAAUGACCCUGUGGAUAGCCAACCAUAAUGCAUACCAAAAGAAUGAGAACAUCCAUUUUAUGAUCAAAGAAACUGAGGCACACAGCUUUUAAGUGACUUGUUCCCAAAUCUCAGGAAAAAAAUAAUCAGUGAUAGUGCUAGAUCUAGAAUGUCGACCAUCAGCCUAUCAUCUAGUGUUCUUUAGAAAUUAAACAAACAUUGGAAAUGUGUAGCAUCAUUUCAGAGAAGGCAUCAUACUCCUCUCUGCUGUUUAUGAGAGUCAUUAUUUUACCUUUCCAGCCUCUAUCCUCUCCCCACAGAUAGGUGGCAUGGCCACAUAUCUCACCUUAUCCCACCUUCCUGGCAUGGUGAAAAUAUAGAGCUUGGCAAAUCAGCAUCUUUUCUUUCCUUCUCUUUCCCUUCCCUCUUUUUAAACAAUACUUUAUUAAAUUAUACUCUGUCGUCUGUUUACUUUUAUCACUUUUUUUUUGUAUUACAUUAUUCUUAAUACAACCAAUCCCUAGGCUCCAAAGAGAAGAGUGUUAAGUGUUUGCUUAGGUGUUUUGCUCACUGGCAAGUAGUUUGGGGUGGAGUAAAGAGGGAUUAUGAUUUCAGGCCUAGGCUGACGAAAUGGGAGGAAUAAUGCCUUGCCUUCCCUUGCUUACUUAAAUGAAAGAGCUUUUAUGAGCAUACCCAUUGGGGGAGCUUGUCUUUCCCCUCCCAGACAAACCCUUUAUAGGUACAUACAGGGCAGAUCCAGCCAUGGCAAAUAUUCAGUCAUCAGGGAGGAUGUCUAGUCAUGGGGGAGGGGAGAUGUCCAGCCAUGACUGUGAAUGCCCAGCCCAGUCAUGGGGGAUAGAAUACACAAUCAUAGAUGGAAAUUUCCAGCUGUUGGUAAUUGGUAGGAUGUUCUGACAUGGAUGGAGAUGUCUAGCCACGGGGAUAUAUCUAUAUGUUGGCAGAAUGUCUAGCCAUUGGUGGGGAUGUCUAGCUAUGGAUGGAAACAUUCAGCCAUAAUUAGGAUGUUCAGUCAUGGAUGGUGUGUCCAGUAAUGGAAAGAAGUCCAGCCAUGGGUUGAUGCAUAGCUAUGACUGGAGAUUCCAGCCAUGAAUAAAGGUGUCUGUCAGAAGCUCAGCUAAGCUGGAAAUAGUUGAGCUGGCAGAUGUCAGUGUAGAUUUCCUGGCUGUCACCUUGAAGCCCUUAGGGGAAGAGGAAGACAGGAGAGUGCUUGGGGCCACUUGAGCCUGAUACGGCGCCUUCCCAAUAAAGGAGAUUUUGUAACUGCUUUGGUGAUGCCAUGUGAACAUCACUAUUAUCAUUAUACCACCCCGUGGGGAAGUUAUUUUGGAAAUAUUGAACCAAACCUUGUAAAGUUUGUAGGAUUUUGAGGUGGAGAGGAAAAUAUGCUGUAGGUGAAGAGACAACGCAAGUGAAGAGACAGGGGAAAUGCAAGACAUGUUUUAGAAAAUUUGAGUGUAACUUUUACCUGGCAUAGAGAGAAUGUGAGCAAUGGUGAGUGGUAAGCUAGGAGGUGCCUAUUGUUAGAGCGUGGAGAGCCUUCAAGGCCCUCAUCUUGGUCCACUAGUUUCCAUGGAAGUUAUUUUUCUCACUUGAAUAGUAGAGUCUAUGACUCCUCCUUUGAUACUUUUUCAUAUGAGUAUUUGAUUACUAGAUGAAUUUCUUAUUCUUUUUGAGUAUGGUUUUUAGUGAAAUAUUUUAGACAUGCUAAAAGAGAGUUAUAUUAGAUAACAAUAUAAUGAAUACCCAUGGUACCUACCACCUAGCUUAAAUAAAAUGUUCUAAAAUAUAUAUGAAGAUUCUUAAGAUAUUACUUUAAGUAAUAAUCCUAAAUAUAAAAGAGAUAAAUGCAAUAAGAUGUUUCAAACCUUAUAAUAGCCCCAAACUGAGAAUUAGCCAAGUGUUCAGUAAUAAGGGUAUGCUUAUGAUGAUAGGUCCACUGGUUGAUACUUUAUGUAACCAUUAAAAUUAUGUUUGUAAAUAAUAAGAGCUUACAUCAAACUGUUAUUAUCUCUUUUUAAAAGAAUUUUUUUAAUGUUUAUUAAUUUUUGAGAGAGAGAGACAGAGUGCAAGCAGGGGGAGAGGCAGAGAAAGAGGGAGACACAGAAUCUGAAGCAGGCUUCAGGCUCUGAGCUGUCAGCAUAGAGCUGACUUGGGGCUCAAACCCACAAACCGUGAGAUCAUGAUCUGAGCCGAAGUUGGACACUUAACCGCCUGAGUCACCCAGGCGCCCCUAUUAUUAGCUCUUUACACAAAUAGAUAAUUACACAAAUAGAUAAACACAAAUAAACGAAUUAUCUCAUUUAAUCCUCAAAACAGCUGUAUGAGGUAGGUAUUAUUGUUCUCAUUUUUUCUUCCCAUCCUAUAGAUAAGGAAAAUGAGCAAAGUGAUGUUAAGUAGCUUAUCCGUGAUCACCCCAUACUAGGAUAUAAACUCAAGCCAUGAAGAGAGCUACUUUGGGGCCCAAAUGCUUAACAAGUUCACAAUAUGGCCUUGACAGCAUAUCACAAUGAGAAAAAUGCUCAUAUAUUCAUGUUACCCGGAAAAGAGUACAAAAUAGUAUGUUUAUGUUAACUAUGCUUAAAAUAAAACAGAAAAUACCUCCCAUAGGAAAACAAAGGGCCAGAAAGAAAUAGUUACAAAGUGGCGUAUGGAUGACAGAACUGUGGCUGAUAUUAUCUCUUCUUUCUGUUUUCCCAAUUCUCAUCUCCAUCUGUCUAUAUAUUUGAGAAUAUUGACUUUGCCCUAGAGCUUAGGUGGUUCCUUUCAACUUUCAAGUAGUUGAUUCUUCAUCACUAACAAAACUACCCUCUCUUCUUACUUUUAUCCUUAUUUCUCUGUCCCAUCUCUAGCCCCUCUUUUCAGAAGCAGAACUCCUGGUCUCAGGGCUGCUUUUCUGAGCCAUUGGUUAGGAAGACUGACUAGUAAACCCCUAGUUGACCAAUACUUCUAUCCCUGUUGUUUCUCCCAACCUUAACCCUGUUCUAUGCCAUUCCCCAACCUCUUCAAUCCUCUUCCAUGAAUAGGCCAUAGUGGGAGUCACUUGACACCUUUAUCUGCAGUGUUUGAUAUGAGAAUCUCUUCUUCUCCUCUGAGAUUUUAGAAGCAAGUUUUCAGGAUUAAGGAUGUUAUUUAUACCAUCAAGAGGUCAGAAUUUGAGGUCAGCCUUGUCAAUUUGGCUGUGGACAGACCCCGCUUGCUGUCCUCAUAUAUUCAUUUUCUUUUUCCCUCGUAAUAGAAGCCUUGAUUUGGAACUGGGCACAAAGCCUCACAGAAUAUAGUCUACUUGUCCAAGCUUCAAUUUGAGCUAGAUGUGGUCAUGUGUUUAGGUCCUGGCCAAUAAGAUGUUAGCAGCAGAAUCAUUUGUCAGUUGCUGAGAACUUCCCUUAAAAGACAGUUGUUUUUUCAGUAUGAUACUGGCACAAAUCAAUGAAACAGAAUAAAGGGCCCAGAAAUAAACCUAUGAUUAUAUGGUCAAUUAGUUUAAGACAAAGGAGGUGAGAUUAUGCAAAAGGAAAAAGACAAUUUCCUCUACAGAUAGUAUUGGGAAAACCGGACAGCUACAUGCAAAAGAAUGAAACUGAACUACUUUACCAUACACAAAAACAAAGUUAAAGUGGAUUAAGGACCUAAAUGUGAGACCUGAAACUAUAAAAAUCCUUGAAGAGAAAACAGGCAGUAAUUUCUCU